AUGCUGCUGAGUGAGCAAGAACAGUUCUUGUCCUACAAUGGUGAAGUCCUCAUAUUUCAGCUGUCACACCCAAAACAUGUGGAGGGAGUAGCUGAUAAAACAGUGGAUUUAUGUGUCAGGAGAAUGACCUUCAACAGAGACACUAAGCUCUUUGUUCAGAAGUCUUCUGGAGCAUUCAGUGUGCAUGGCAGUCCCUUGAAAAUGGAAAUAAUUUGUUGUAGCUGCACGACAGAUUCCAGAACUGGGAUUAUCCUCCCCUGCAUUUUGAUGAAAAAGAGAAAAAGGAACAAUGUUGUCAAAUACCUUUUGCUGUUACUUCACAGCUCCAACCAGUUUGAGCAGUCCUUUCAGUUUAAAUUGGAUUAUGAGCUGAAAGAAGACAUCAACCUGUUUGGUGGCCCCUCAGUGCUGUGGAGGCAUGCCAGCAAGCUCUUCUACAUCUCUGCCAGCACCUGCACAGUCCUCAGUGCUCCUGUUCAGCUUUCUUCUGUCGUGUGGACAGGUGAAAUUGAGGAGGAAGGCCCUGUUGUCUUAGGAAUAAGAACUGCUUGCCUGACAGAGAGCGAAGCUGAGGCUGAGUUUUCCACUUCAGACAGAGCCAUUUGGGGUAGUGAGUUGUUUGGCUAUGCAGUCAGAGCACAGAAGAUGCUGCCUGGCACAUGCUUUAUGCCCCAUGCUUAUGGCAGGGUGGUGUCCUCUGUCUGUGUCUGCAAGAGUGAGACCUUGAGAAAGCAGCUCCGGACAUCACUUGUGGCCAUCACUCACAAGAAUCAGCUGAUCUGGUUCCAAGAUGGGCUGCCCAGAGGUGUUUGUGAACUUCCUUAUGAGGACCCAUACUCAGUGAAAGCAGCUGUAACCAGCAGCAGUGAUGUGCUAUUCAUUGUGUCUUUUGCCUCUGGAAAUGUCUGUGCUGUGCAGAAGAGAGGCAGCUUGCAGGUGGCUUCCAAGUGGCAAGAUGUGAAGUGUGUGCUGGUGGAUGACUUCAUCGGCUCUGGAAGUGAGCAGCUGCUGCUGCUCUUCAGGGAUGAUUCCAGUGCAGAGGUGUUGAGCACAUUCACAAUAACAGAUCUUGGAGCAGUCAGCUAUGCAAGUGGUAAAAAUUAUAAACAUAAUGUUGCUGCUGCAGAAGGAUUGCAGGAGAAUGGCUUGCUUACUGUCCAGGCCCUUCAGACAAGACUACAGGCUGGCUGUACAGCUGUGCGAGAGCUGCAGUACCACUUAGGACUCAAAAAGAGAGUCAUUCUUCAGUCCUGUAAAGCCUUGAAUGAUCUUGUGGAGGGCAGAACCCAUGUUCUACCAACUGCCAAAGAGGAAGGUCUUGCCCCUCUCUGGGAUGAGGUAGAAAAUCCUCCUUCUCCUCCUCUUGGUCAAGAGACACCAGUGGCACAGCAGGCCCCGGAGCGCCUCGUGGAGAGCUUGUGGCAGCGCGUUGUGGGGGACAGCCUGGUUGUUGGAGUGCAGCUGGCUGAAGCAUUUCACCUGUCCCUGAGUGGUGCCAGUUUAUCCUUGGUGCUGGAUCAAGACUCCUCCCUGGCUGCUCCUGUUAUCAAGUGUCGAAAUAAAGUCACCAAGCUGGACAGAGCCUGCUCAGCGCUGCCCCUCUCCCCGUGUCACAUUGAGCCUCCUGCCAAAAAGAUGAAACUGGAUUUGUGUGGCAACAGGAACCUGAAGAAGGAGUUUCCCCAGGGGUGUUCAGGGGCUGGGCUGGCUGCAGGCAGGGCAGUGACUGCUGUCACCAGCCUCUCACCACUACUGGCUUUCCAUCGUGUGUGCUGCGCUGUCCUCCUGCAUGCCAAGAGAAAGGCACCGCAUGGGGACAGCCUGCAGGAGAGCAAAGAGAUCUCUGUGUUCUGUGGGAAGAUUGCCUUGAGCCUGGAGGAUAUUUCCAAUGGAAAACAUUCAGUAAAGCUGCUGAGGGAUAAUGGAUACUGCACAGGUUCCAUGGAAGAUGUACUUGCUGUCCUUGCAGUGUCUGCCAGGUUCUCCUUUCAGGUGGUGUCUGCUGCCUGCACACUGACUCCAAUCGCUUCGUGGUUACUGGGAGACAUGGAGUGCACACCACUGAAGGAAUGCACAGACAAGCUGUUCUGUCACAAGGCAGGAAAUGUCUAUGGGACAAUUCUCAGCUGGACCCUGAAAAAUCCACUGGAAGGAGUUCUGACCUUAUUCUGCAGAAAUCUGACUGUCUUGUUCCAGUGCCUUCAUAGCCUUAGAAGAGUUCUGCCAGCAAGCUGUGAUGUAAAACUGCUGAGGUCUGGCAGCAAGGAUGCACUUAGUGAGCAGCUAGCACUGGCCCUGGAGAAAGAAAUGCUCACCUCAAGAAGCGCUUUCUUCUCAGUGCUCACCUCAGGAAGUUCUUUCUUCUCAAAAGAAAGUAAAGCUGAAAGUACUUCUCCAUGGGGGGAUGAAUCUGAUGAGGAAAUAAGUGCUGCUGCUGUGGCUUCUUUACUGGAGAGUAAGGAAGGAGUUGAGCAGUUCAGAAAGAAACUGCAGAGUGAGAGGGACAAGAGUGAGCUGAGCAUGGCUCAGACCAUGACUGCUGCCCUGUACCAGGAGAUGACUUGGAAAACAGCAGAAGCUCAGCUCAGCUCAGAUAUGGUUGUGUGGAGACUGAGCAAGGCCUAG